UAGGCCUAUGUGACAAUACUUCCUCAUUUAGGUUUAGUCAUUUAUCAAAGUAUGGCGACUAUGUAUUUCACCCUCUCUAUUCUACUAACUCUCCUCCAUCAAGCAGAGCCCAGUGCUGAGACCUCUGUGUUUGUGCAGAAGGGACAGGAUGUUCGCCUGAAUGUCCAGACAAAUGUUCAACUCCAAGAUGUUGAUGUGAUAUUUUGGAAGUUUAACAGAUCAGUCAAUGUUGUAAAGUACCCCCCAAAAGUUACCUUUGAAAGGUACCAAGUUAGGGCUGAAUUGAUUGUGGGAGACUUCUCUCUGCUACUGAAGAACCUCCAGGAAGGAGACAGUGGACUUUAUGAUGCAGUAGUGUCUGGUAGCAAUGACCGCAACGUAGCUGCAUACUUGAUAGAAGUCCAAGAGAGAGUUGAGUCUCCAGUCCUGACAGUGGACUCUAACUCCACCAUCAAUGGCAUCUGUAACGUGACUGUGACCUGCAGAGGUCAGAACACCUCUGUCACCUCUAGCUGUAACAGCAGCACCUGCUCUCAGGUGGGAGAGAGUAGAAGGGCUGAGACCUCCACUGUCCCCCUGCUCUCUGUCUAUGUGGCAGGGGGUUCCAUCAUCUGUAACCACAGCAACCAAGUCAGCUGGGCCAACGACACCAAGGAGAUCAAAACAAUUUGUGUAUCUAAUUCUGGUAAGUCUGAUCAAGAAGACCACACCUACCGUGUCAUACUCAUUCUCAUAGUCUGUGGCAUUGCCAUCAUCAUCAUCAUCAUCAUCAUCGUUUUGAUUCGGCAGAAGCAAAAUGGAGGUGACAUAAAGGAUAUUAUAAACACCGAUUAUGCUACAGUUGGGACUCCAGAUAACAGUCAAGCAGGUGGUGAACAGCAGAUGUCUCCAGGUCCAGCAUCACCCACCAUCUACAGUAUGGUGGGACAUCCCCAACCCCAGCCUGUGAACCACCAGCCCCUGCCUGUAGACCUCCCCAUGACUACCAUGGCCCCCAUGACCUCCAUGCCUGAGAGUUUAUAUGCUAUGGUGGGGAAAAAGACUAGCAAACAAUAAUCAGGAAUUUGAACAUCAUUUUAGGCCGGGAUUCUAUUCAAUCCUUUUAAAGGCAAUGUUCCCAUGUUCGUGUAACAACCAAAUAAAAAUGGUCACACGCUUCGCAAACAACAGGUGUAGACUAACAGUGAAAUGCUUACUUACAGGCCCUUCCCAACAAUACAGAGAGAAACAACAGGUAUAGACUAACAGUGAAUUGCUUACUUACAGGCCCUUCCCAACAAUGCAGAGAGAAACAACAGGUAUAGACUAACAGUAAAAUGCUUACUUACAGGCCCUUCCCAACAAUGCAGAGAGAAACAACAGUGAAAUGCUUACUUACAGGCCCUUCCCAACAAUACAGAGAGAAUCAACAGGUAUAGACUAACAGUGAAAUGUUUACUUACAGGCCCUUCCCAACAAUGCAGAGAGAAACAACAGGUAUAGACUAACAGUGAAAUGUUUACUUACAGGCCCUUCCCAACAAUGCAGAGAGAAACAACAGGUAUAGACUAACAGUGAAAUGUUUACUUACAGGCCCUUCCCAACAAUGCAGAGAGAAUCAACAGGUAUAGACUAACAGUGAAAUGUUUACUUACAGGCCCUUCCCAACAAUGCAGAGAGAAACAACAGGUAUAGACUAACAGUGAAAUGUUUACUUACAGGCCCUUCCCAACAAUGCAGAGAGAAACAACAGGUAUAGACUAACAGUGAAAUGUUUACUUACAGGCCCUUCCCAACAAUGCAGAGAGAAACAACAGGUAUAGACUAACAGUGAAAUGUUUACUUACAGGCCCUUCCCAACAAUGCAGAGAGAAACAACAGGUAUAGACUAACAGUGAAAUGUUUACUUACAGGCCCUUCCCAACAAUGCAGAGAGAAACAACAGGUAUAGACUAACAGUGAAAUGCUUACUUACAGGCCCUUCCCAACAAUGCAGAGAGAAACAACAGGUAUAGACUAACAGUGAAAUGCUUACUUACAGGCCCUUCCCAACAAUAUAGAGAGAAACAACAGGUAUAGACUAACAGUGAAAUGCUUACUUACAGGCCCUUCCCAACAAUGCAGAGAGAAACAACAGGUAUAGACUAACAGUGAAAUGCUUACUUACAGGCCCUUCCCAACAAUGCAGAGAGAAACAACAGGUAUAGACUAACAGUGAAAUGCUUACUUACAGGCCCUUCCCAACAAUGCAGAGAGAAACAACAGUGAAAUGCUUACUUACAGGCCCUUCCCAACAAUGCAGAGAGAAACAACAGUGAAAUGCUUACUUACAGGCCCUUCCCAACAAUACAGAGAGAAAUAACAGGUAUAGACUAACAGUGAAUUGCUUACUUACAGGCCCUUCCCAACAAUGCAGAGAGAAACAACAGGUAUAGACUAACAGUGAAAUGUUUACUUACAGGCCCUUCCCAACAAUGCAGAGAGAAACAACAGGUAUAGACUAACAGUGAAAUGCUUACUUACAGGCCCUUCCCAACAAUGCAGAGAGAAACAACAGUGAAAUGCUUACUUACAGGCCCUUCCCAACAAUACAGAGAGAAACAACAGGUGUAGACUAACAGUGAAUUGCUUACUUACAGGCCCUUCCCAACAAUGCAGAGAGAAACAACAGUGAAAUGCUUACUUACAGGCCCUUCCCAACAAUGCAGAGAGAAACAACAGGUAUAGACUAACAGUGAAAUGCUUACUUACAGGCCCUUCCCAACAAUACAGAGAGAAACAACAGGUAUAGACUAACAGUGAAAUGCUUACUUACAGGCCCUUCCCAACAAUGCAGAGAGACACAACAGGUAUAGACUAACAGUGAAAUGCUUACUUACAGGCCCUUCCCAACAAUGCAGAGAGAAACAACAGGUAUAGACUAACAGUGAAAUGCUUACUUACAGGCCCUUCCCAACAAUGCAGAGAGAAACAACAGUGAAAUGCUUACUUACAGGCCCUUCCCAACAAUGCAGAGAGAAACAACAGGUAUAGACUAACAGUGAAUUGCUUACUUACAGGCCCUUCCCAACAAUGCAGAGAGAAACAACAGGUAUAGACUAACAGUGAAAUGUUUACUUACAGGCCCUUCCCAACAAUGCAGAGAGACACAACAGGUAUAGACUAACAGUGAAAUGCUUACUUACAGGCCCUUCCCAACAAUGCAGAGAGACACAACAGGUAUAGACUAACAGUGAAAUGCUUACUUACAGGCCCUUCCCAACAAUGCAGAGAGAAACAACAGGUAUAGACUAACAGUGAAAUGCUUACUUACAGGCCCUUCCCAACAAUGCAGAGAGAAACAACAGGUAUAGACUAACAGUGAAAUGCUUACUUACAGGCCCUUCCCAACAAUGCAGAGAGAAACAACAGGUAUAGACUAACAGUGAAAUGUUUACUUACAGGCCCUUCCCAACAAUGCAGAGAGACACAACAGGUAUAGACUAACAGUGAAAUGCUUACUUACAGGCCCUUCCCAACAAUGCAGAGAGACACAACAGGUAUAGACUAACAGUGAAAUGCUUACUUACAGGCCCUUCCCAACAAUGCAGAGAGAAACAACAGGUAUAGACUAACAGUGAAAUGCUUACUUACAGGCCCUUCCCAACAAUGCAGAGAGAAACAACAGGUAUAGACUAACAGUGAAAUGCUUACUUACAGGCCCUUCCCAACAAUGCAGAGAGAAACAACAGUGAAAUGCUUACUUACAGCCCCUAACCAACAUUACAGAGAGAAACAACAGUGAAUUGCUUACUUACAGGCCCUUCCCAACAAUGCAGAGAGAAACAACAGGUAUAGACUAACCGUGAAAUGCUUACUUACAGGCCCUUCCCAACAAUGCAGAGAAGGAAAAUAGAGAAAUAAUAGAAAAGUAAAAAUCCUAUGAAUUAAUAAAUAAAUACACCAUGAGUAAAGAGAAAUAUAUACACGGGGUAACAGUACCCAGUCGAUGUGCAGGGGUACAAGGUCAUUGAGGUAGAUAUGUACAGUUGAAGUCAGAAGUUUACAUACACCUUAGCCAAAUACAUUUUAACUCCCUGUUUUAGGUCAGUUAGGAUCACCACUUCAUUUUAAGAAUGUGAAAUGUCAGAAUAAUAGUAGAGAGAAUGAUUUCUUUCAGCUUUUAUUUCUUUCAUCACAUUCCCAGUGGGUCAGAAGUUUACAUACACUCAAUUAGUAUUUGGUAGCAUUGCCUUUAUUAACUUGGGGCAAACGUUUCGUGUAGCCAUCCACAAGCUUCCUACAAUAAGUUGGGUGAAUUUUGGCCCAUUCCUCCUGACAGAGCUGGUGUAACUGAGUCAGGUUUGUAGGCCUCCUUGCUCGCACACGCUUUUUCAGUUCUGCCCACAAAUGUUCUAUAGGAUUGAGGUGAGGGCUUUGUGAUGGCCACUCCAAUACCUUGACUUUGUUGUCCUUAAGCCAGAUUGCCACAAUUUUGGAAGUAUGCUUGGGUUCAUUGUCCAUUUGGAAGAUUAAUUUGCGACCAAGCUUCAACUUCCUGACUGAUGUCUUGAGAUGUUGCUUCAAUAUAUCCACAUCAUUUUCCUACCUCAUGAUGCCAUCUAUUUUGUGAAGUGCACCAGUGAAGUGCAAGCCUCCCCAUUUUUCUUCCAAACAUAACAAUAGUCAUUAUGGCCAAACAGUUCUAUUUUUGUUUCAUUAGACCAGGGGACACUUCUCCAAAAAGUAUGAUCUUUGUCCCCAUGUGCAGUUGCAAACCGUAGUCUGGCUUUUUAAUGGCGGUUUUGGAGCAGUGACUUCUUCCUUGCUGAGUGGCCUUUCAGGUUGUCAAUAAAGGACUCGUUUGACUGUGGAUAUAGAUACUUUUGUACCUGUUUCCUCCGGCAUCUUCACAAGGUCCUUUGCUGUUGUUCUGGGAUUGAUUUGCACUUUUCGCACCAAAGUACGUUCAUCCAUCUCUAGGAGACAGAACGCGUCUCCUUCCUGAGUGGUACGGUGGCUGCGUGGUCCCAUGGUGUUUAUACUUGCGUACUAUUGCUUGUACAGAUGAACGUGGUACCUUCAGGCGUUUGGAAAUUGCUCCCAAGGAUUUACCAGACAACAUUCCUUUUUACCUUUGUGCAGAUUACCAUGUCUCAUUUACGAUUCAUUUAUAUUCAAACCUUGUUCAAGUAUCUUCAAACAGUCAUUUCAGAGCUAGUUACAAUUUCAAUUUCAUCCCCCAGAAAAGAUAGAACAAAUAUUACAACAAAUAUUAUGUUUGAACUCAAUUGUGCUGGUUGAUAAAAUACCUGUAUUCAUGGAAAAGAUGUUUGAAAAGGGAGUUUUGUUUUUAAAUUAUAUUGUAAAUUGGAAUGGUAGAAUUAUGUCUUUUAUAUCAUAAUUGUUUGGGAAUGUCUGCUCAAUCCAAGAUUACAACCAAUUGAUUACAGGAUUACCCCCAAAAUGGAGGAGGCAGGUGGUAGCGGGAGGAGGUAGGGACAUAGUCUGUCUGCCCAAUAUAAAGGAUCAAAACUGGCAGAGGAACAAAAAUAGCUGGAAUAGGAAAGUAUACCAGUUAAGGACCAGAAUGUUGACAGCUGUACCCUACAGAUUUCAAAAUAGCUGGGAAGAGAUUUUUUAUGUACCGAUUCCAAGCCACGGGGUGAAAGAGUUUAUAUAUAUAACGAUGCAAGAUUUAACAUUCAUCUAAAAUUGACCCUAGAAAUAGCUUUGUUCGGUGAUCUGAUGAGACCUGGUCAGUCGAUUACUACUAUACUAAUACUCUUAGUAAAGGUGUUCAUCUUCAGCUCGCAAUCUGGGGAUUCUAUUCAAUUAGAUAGAUUCAAAUUGUAUGUUAAACAUCACAGCAUAGUUGAAAGACGCACUCGCAUUCAAAUGCACACACAGAUAUACACACACAUACAUGUGCACACACACAGACAUACACACACAGACAUGCACACACAGACAUACACACACACACACACACAGAUAUACACACACAGACAUGCACACACACACAGACAUGCACACACAGAUAUACACACACAGACAUGCACACACAGACAUACACACACAGACAUACACACACAUACAUGUGCACACACACAGACAUACACACACACACAGAGAUAUACACACACAGACAUACACACACACAGACAGAUAUACACACACAUACAUACACACACAGACAUACACACACAUACAUACACACACAGACAUACACACACAUACAUGUGCACACACACAGACAUUAACACACAUUAUUAUCUAUGCAUAACCACUUUAAUAACUCUACCUACAUGUACAUUAUUACCUCAAUUACCUCAACACCGGUGCCACAUUGACUCUGUACCAGUACCCCCUGUAUAUAGUCUCCACAUUGACUCUAUAUAGCCUCCACAUGGACUCUGUACUGGUACCCCCUGUAUAUAGCCUCCACAUUGACUCUGUACCGGUACCCCCCUGUAUAUAGCCUCCACAUUGACUCUGUACUGGUACCCCCCUGUAUAUAGCCUCCACAUUGACUCUGUACUGGUACACCCUGUAUAUAGUCUCCACAUUGACUCUGUACCGGUACCCCUGUAUAUAGCCUCCACAUUGACUCUGUACCGGUACCCCCUGUAUAUAGCCUCCGCAUUGACUCUGUACCGGUACCCCCUGUAUAUAGCCUCCGCAUUGACUCUGUACCGGUACCCCCUGUAUAUAGCCUCCGCAUUGACUCUGUACCUGUACCCCCUGUAUAUAGCCUCCACAUUGACUCUGUACUGGUACACCCUGUAUAUAGUCUCCACAUUGACUCUGUACCGGUACCCCUGUAUAUAGCCUCCACAUUGACUCUGUUCCGGUACCCCCUGUAUAUAGCCUCCACAUGGACUCUGUACCGGUACCCCCUGUAUAUAGCCUCCACAUUGACUCUGUACCGGUACCCCCUGUAUAUAGCCUCCACAUGGACUCUGUACUGGUACCCCCUGUAUAUAGCCUCCACAUUGACUCUGUACCGGUACCCCCCUGUAUAUAGCCUCCACAUUGACUCUGUACUGGUACCCCCCUGUAUAUAGCCUCCACAUUGACUCUGUACUGGUACACCCUGUAUAUAGUCUCCACAUUGACUCUGUACCGGUACCCCUGUAUAUAGCCUCCACAUUGACUCUGUACCGGUACCCCCUGUAUAUAGCCUCCGCAUUGACUCUGUACCGGUACCCCCUGUAUAUAGCCUCCGCAUUGACUCUGUACCGGUACCCCCUGUAUAUAGCCUCCGCAUUGACUCUGUACCAGUACCCCCUGUAUAUAGCCUCCACAUUGACUCUGUACUGGUACACCCUGUAUAUAGUCUCCACAUUGACUCUGUACCGGUACCCCUGUAUAUAGCCUCCACAUUGACUCUGUACCAGUACCCCCUGUAUAUAGCCUCCACAUUGACUAUGUACUGGUACCCCCUGUAUAUAGCCUCCACAUUGACUCUGUACCAGUACCCCCUGUAUAUAGCCUCCGCAUUGACUCUGUACCGGUACCCCCUGUAUAUAGCCUCCGCAUUGACUCUGUACCAGUACCCCCUGUAUAUAGCCUCCACAUUGACUCUGUACCGGUACCCCCUGUAUAUAGUCUCCACAUUGACUCUGUACCGCAAUACCCUGUAUAUAGCCUCCACAUUGACUCUGUACCGUAAUACCCUGUAUAUAGCCUCCACAUUGACUCUGUACCGUAAUACCCUGUAUAUAGCCUCCACAUUGACUCUGUACCGCAAUACCCUGUAUAUAGCCUCCACAUUGACUCUGUACCGUAAUACCCUGUAUAUAGCCUCCACAUUGACUCUGUACCGUAAUACCCUGUAUAAAGACCCCACUAUUGUUAUUCAUUGCUGCUCUUUAAUUAUUUGUUAUUCUCAUCUCUUUUCUUAAAACUGCAUUGUUGUUAUAAGGGCUUGUAAAUAAGCAUUUCACUGUUAGGUACCUGUUGUAUUCGGCGCAUAUGACAAAUAACAUUUGAUUUGAUAGACACACGUAAAUAGUGCCACACAUGCACUCAAACGCAUCCAGUUGUUCUUGCUGUUUAGAGUUUUGUUGUCCUUAAUGUCUUUUGUUUUUUGCAGUGUUGCUUUCUAUUGUUUUCCUUUGUUAUCCUCUUCUUCUUUUUUAUUGGUUGUUGGCGCAUUGGCGCGGUGGGGGCGGAGUGUAAUGAGAGGUUUAUUUCAGGGUGGGGGGGCUGUUAGGGGGGUUAUCGGAGAGUUAUGGGGCAGCUCUCGAGAACUGUUAGAGGAUCUUGGAUGGUUGUCGGCCUGGCGGUUGGGAGCUUGUCCCGGUGGCUGAUAGGUCGCUGGUCCGGCUCCCUGAUUUGACUUGAUGGGAGAUCUGUUUGAUGUGGCCCUGGGCGGGGCGCUUCACCUUGGUUGCUCCUGUGGUUCGCUCUGGAUGGGAGUGUCUGCUAGAUGACUGAAUAUAAUGUAUAUGUUGAGUGGCUUCACUGCAGGGUGAUUGUAUGUUUGUAUGUAUGUAACAAUUUGAUUGUAUGUUUUAAUAUUUAAUUUUAAAAAUGAAAACAAUUGUUGGAAGUGAAGAUGAUGGUUUGGAUGAUGAAGGUAUGGGUCGUAGACAUAUUAUUAUUGUAUUUCUAUGACAUGGAUCAGAUUUGGAAUGCUUUUGAUUAGGAACAUUUUGGUCGACAGGUUUUUUUCUCUGCUCAGACAGGAGUAAUAAAAGCCUAGUGCACUUAUUUUUUUAUAAAUUGUGAUUUAUCAGGGGGUGCUGCAGCACCCAUACAUCCCGUAGCUAUGUUAACCUGUAAAUCAUGGCAUUAGCAUAAAGUAGCUAGCUUUCUAGCUUCCUUGUUCAAAGCACAAAAAAAGCCAAUUAAAUGAAUUUUGGGCCUAGAGCAGAUCUGCCCUGUGACUCUUGAAGAAAUAAAACUGCAGUGUGCUCAAGGCUCAUGCGAUGUCACUGCAGUGAGUCAUAGGAAACAAUCUGUCACUGAAAAUAACAACUUCUUCAAUUCUGUGUGACCUUGUGGUGGUUUUGACAGGAAAGUUCCACCAUACACUCUUAGAAAAAAAGGUGCUAUCUAACGCCUAAAAGGGUUAUUCGGCUGGCCCCAUGGGAGAACCCUUUGAAGAACCCUUUUUGGUUCCAGUUACAUCCUCUUCCACAGAAGUUACUACAUGGAACCAAAAAGGGUUCUCCUAUGGGGACAGCCGAAGACCCCUUUUAAAACAUUUUUUUUCUAAGAGUGUAGGCUGCUUUACAGUUUCCAUGGUGAUGUGUGUCUAACCAUAUACCAUAUUAGGAGGAUACUGUACAAGGCUGAACCGGUUAUUCAACUUCCUAGUAGUUAUACAUUUGUAACUAUUUCCAUCAAAUGUAUAUACAAGCCGACCUUUGACACAUUUAUGAAAUAUGACAUAUGACAAAGUUGGUGCUCAGUAACUUAAGCUGGUGGGAAAACUGAUGAGGGCACCUUUGAGUCAUCUUUAUAUAAGCUCACACAUAUUGUUAUUUGAGGUGAAUAUAUUUGCAUGAUUACCUGGUAAUAAAGUAGAUAUGUUUUUGUUUAUACAAGCUAAACUGAGAUGUUAUACUAUUGUGUUUUUAUAUACACAUCAAUCAAUAGAGCUAAACAUAGUGUGUAGGUAAAAUACUUUCCACUAGUACAUCAGAUUCAUUGGUACACCAGCUUGUUAUGGUAUCUACUCAGGUUAAUAAACAAACAAUAACGGGUU